CCACUCGUAGUCGUAGACCCAGUCUCGUCACUUGGCGUUACGAAGCACAAUUUUGGAUUUCUCGAUCUAGUCUAGAUCUGUUCUUCCGUACUAACAGGCUCAAAAUUAGCUGAUAAAAAUUUGGAUAGCCCCAACCGCUCUCAUCCUGAUCCAGCAGGCCAAGACAACAUGAAGACUGUUGCAACAAAAGCUGAGUUUGAUCAUCUUAUUAGCACUGAAAAGAAUUUGGUAGUUGUUGACUUCUUUGCGACAUGGUGUGGCCCAUGCAAAGUCAUUGCUCCUCAGUUACAAAAAUGGUCUGAAGAAUAUGAUGAUGUCACAUUUGUAAAAAUUGAUGUUGAUGAAAAUGAUGAAACUGCAGAAGCCUGUGGAAUCUCAGCAAUGCCAACUUUCUUCUUAUAUAAGAAUGGAAAAAAGGUUGAUGAAAUUGUAGGUGCUAAUGCUGAAAGGCUCCUUGAAAAAAUCAUAGCCAACAAAUAAAAAUGCUCAUAAUAAAAUAAAUAUGUGAUGUAGUGAAUGCCUUGUCUAUCUAUCUAUAUUUCAUAUUGUACUGGUUCUUUUUUUUUUUCAUUCAGAUAGUUUAUGUCAAGAAAACUACUAAUCAAAACGUUUACACCUCUGCAAUGGUUUGUUGGUGGUAGGACUAUUAGAAUAAUAUAUUUCAGUUCUAUCCAUAAAAAAAAAAGUAUGCCAAUCACCAAUUACUGUCAUCUCUUAGAAAACAAAUAUACUGAAUAGUUAUAGUCUGAUAAACAUGAGUGGCAGUUGUUCCCAUGUGAAUAUUUCUAGUAUUAGUAGUAGUAGUACUCUACCAAUUGAUGUUGACAUGAACAUAAAUUGUGACAUUUGGCUCAAAUGCAUGAAGUCAUUCUAACUAAAUGGCAUUUAUUUAUAUGGUCAGGGUCUGAGACACUUCAUUGUUUGUAUUACUUAGAGUCAUAAGGCAUUGAAUGCUCUGUGUGUAAUUGUGUGUGCUUGAGCGAUCUUCUGUAGUUUAAGUUAUUCUAUGGUGUUCAACUUUGGCCACAUAAAAUAUAUGGUAAGUGUUAUCCACUUAUUUUGAUUUUCAAUUUACAAGUUGUGAUUUUUAUUUUUAAAUACUGCAUUUACUAGUAGUAGAUCCUUCAAAAUUACCUCUAGAUUGUUUCAUUAUAUAGUUGAAGAUAACUUUAAAAAUAUUUUUUUUUGGGGAGGGGGGAUGGGAGGUCGCGUGAUCAGCAUGUGUGCAUAAAAAAAAAGUCUAGAAAAUAUUUUUUUAAAACUGUUUCUUACAUGAAAAUCUGUAUGGCUUCUAUUGCAGACGUGCCACAAUGUCUUUAAUAUAUUUUUUUUUUGUUUUGAUUUAUAGGCUUUUAUAAGGAAAUUGUUUUCAUUAUUUAUACUUUAAGGAUUAAAAAAGAACUUUCAUUCCAAUUUGUAUGUGUGUGCUUAUUUCUGGUGUAAAAUCAGCUCAUUAUUCAAUUGUUUCCAUUUACUAAACACAAAUAAAUUUAAAUCAUCCAGAUA